AUGCCAGCUCUACUCGGAUAUUGGAACAUAAGAAGGCUAGCUCAGCCCAUCCGCCUUAUGUUGGCCUAUGCUGGGGAAGAGGUGGAGGAGAGACGCUAUCAGAUCCCGUACUAUAAAGAUGGCGACACCAUCAUCGUACAAAGUCGUGCCAUUAUGAUGCAUCUGGCCAGGAAACACAACUUAUGUGGCAGCACUGAGGCAGAAAGGAUUAGAGCGGAUGUGAUAGCCUCACAAUUCUAUGACACAUUCAAGAGUUUUACCCAAGUUUGUCUAGCGACAUAUGUUUACAAAAUUGACUAUAAAACGAAGAAAGAGGAAUUUUUGAAGAGCCUGCCAGACACUUUGAAGUCCUAUUCUGACUUUCUAGGAGACAACCCAUGGGUUGGUGGCAACAAUAUCACAUAUGCAGACUUCAACGUGUACGAGAUGUUGGACUGGUUCAAAAUGUUUUCUCCCGGAUGUCUGGUCAAGUUCCCCAACCUCAUUGCCUACUGCAAGAAUUUUGAGGCUCUUCCAGCCAUUAAAAAGUACAUGGCAUCCGCGCAGUUUUUGAAGACCCCAGUGUGGACUCCGUAUGCCGACUGGAAUGCAUAG